UCCGGGGUGCACGUGAACGCGCACGCGUCACUCCCCUCUAACGCGGACACUUUGCCGGCGCGCGCACGCGCGGAUGCGUCGGCCUCGAAUCGCCCGCGCCCCCGCGACGCCGACGCGGCUCCCCGCCCCCCCUAGCGUCAGCCUGCCCGCCCUCCCGCCGGCCCACCGCCCCCGCUCCCCGUCGGCCUUCUUCCAGGGCUCGGGCCCGGCCCGCUGCUCGCGCCUGCGCGCAGGCCACAGAUCCUCCUCCGCGCGCGCCCUGCCCCCCACACGCCCUCGCUCGAACACACACUUCGCCUCUGUGACCCCGCCCCUCGCCGGCCAGCUGCGCCGGCGGCCCUCCCCCACCUCUUCUGGGAGGGUGGUGACCCCCCGACCCCCCACAAAGCACAACACCCCCCUCCCCAAGCAGAGGGGAGAAGCGCCCCAUUCCCCUUCAACCGCCCUCUGCGCGAGUCAGCCCGUCACAGUCGCACAACCUGAGGGCCGGGCGGCCUGGGCGAGGGCAGCCGUUGCCCGCCUCAAAGCGGGGUCUCCCGGGGUCAGGCUGCUGGGCCCGGCCGGCCAGACUGCCCAGGGCGAGGGGGCGCAGGGAAGGAGCGCCUUCCCGCCGGCUUCCCUCCCCUCACUCGCCCGCCGAUGGGCCGAGGCCGGCCUGCCCGCCAUCACCGGGCAGGCCCUGGCGCCCUCGCCGCGGGGCCAGUCCGCCCUCGGCUCGGGGGGCUCCUCGGUGCAGCAGCCCGGUCCCGCCUCACCCACUCCUCGCCGCUCCGAAGGGGCAGGAAACGGGAGUAGCAUGUCUGUCCUGGGCUCGGCUCCCCCGGGGGAGCUCCGGGCUCUUGACAAGGGAGUCCACAGGAUUAUUGUGGAGUCAAAUGGACUAAUGAGCAGCUUCCUUUGGAAGCUGGAAGAUAAUAUAUUUAGAAAGGAUUGGGACUUCCCUGGUGGCGCAGUGGUUAAGAAUCCGCCUGCCAGUGCAGGGGACAUGAGUUCGAGCCCUGGUCCGGGAAGAUCCCACAUGCCGCGGAGCAACUAAGCCCAUGUGCCACAACUACUGAGCCUGCACUCUAGAGCCCGCGAGCCACAACUAUUGAGCCCGCGUGCCACAACUACUGAAGCCCGCACGCCUAGAGCCCGUGCUCCACAGCAAGAGAAGCCACCGCAGCGAGAAGCCCGGGUACUGCAAUGAAGAGUAGCCCCCACUCGCCGCAACUAGAGAAAGCCCACACGCAACAACGAAGACACAACGCAGCCAAACAAUAAAUAAAUAAAUUUAUAUAUACAUAAGAAAGAAAGAUUGCUGGUUCUACUAUUUCUUUUUAUUUAUUUUCCUACAAGAAGGAUUUGUUUUGUUACUGAGUACCUUGUGCUUAACACUAAAUUAAGGGCUUGGAUGGAAAAAGGAGAUUUGAAAAUUUAGAAAGCUUGGCUUUUACCCUUGCAGGCUUUGUAUCAUGGAGGAGAUGCCAUGAAGAUAUGACAUACUAAGAGAACGUUUGUCAUUACAGUGAAUCACUGGAAGAUAAUGUAGACAAUAAGAACUCGGUAUAGAAUUCCGCUUGGCUGUAGGCCCCAUGGGGCAGGAAGUUUUGUUCAUUUUGUUCAUGUUCACUGAUGCAUGCCCAGUGCCUAGAACAGUGCCAGGCAGAGUCGGCACUUACUCACUCUUUGGUGUUUAUUGAAUCAAUGAAGAAAGCAGUGAUGCUUCUGAGGGACAGAAGAGUGUGAAGGCUGCAGGGCUUUGAACGCUUGCAGAAAAGUUUGAUUUUGACAGAGUAAGAGAGGCACAUGUGUUCUGGAGCAGAGUGUUGAUGUAAUACCAAUUGUUCCAGGUAAACUGUUCCUGCAGCUGUCACUUCAACUGGAAUAGAGGUGAUAGAAACUAAAACCCCUACUACUGCAAACCGAGCCAGAAUGUAUGUUUGCAAAUCUUAGGCCAAGUACUUCACCCUCUUUAUUCCAGCUUCUCUUGUAAUCUAGUCUUUCUGUUCUGCUUAUCUCUGCCGUCUCCAGUUUCUGGGUGUCCUCUAUAGAGUCCAUAUCAGACCACAGCUUUUGAUGUAAUAUUAUAAACUUAAUAUCUUCAGCCAACUUUUUUUCAAAACGUCUCUUAAUUAUACUACUGUUCAUUAUCUUUGAAUGUAAUUUUAAAAUGACAAUCUCCUUUUUUCCCAAAAUGCUCGCUAAAUAUUUAAACUGUGAAAUGUAUUCAGUCUUCAUUUUCUUUCUGGCUAAAUCUAUUUUUACCCUCUCUUGGGGACUGCAAGAAAUUAUUGACUGCGUUUAAGGUGAGAUUUCCAUGUUAUAUUUUUUGCAGCUAUACUUGAUUUGCCACAGCUUAGAGUUCAUGUUUUGAUUUGGUCAUAAUUACUAGAUCUGCUACUACUGUUGAUCUAAUUCUCUUCUUAUUGGUAAGCUGCAUAUCCUUAGUUAACUUUCUAUUCCUGUAUAAUUUUAUUGGUAUAAGGAAUGUGGGAGAUACUAGAUCUAUACCUUAGUCCUUUAUUAUUGAAACUGCUUACAAGAUUUACACAUCAAUGUUUUUAAUGCAUAUGUUUAUA